AGACGUUUCUCUCAGGUAACAAGCAUUUAAUGGCCUGGCGGUUUCACCACUGAACUCAGCAUAAACAACGUCAGUUUCAGGUAAUACUGGUGCCUCCGUGUUUCUGAAACUCCGGAAGAAGUGUCGUUCUCUCCUGGACUCACACGGAGCAGACUGCAGCCAGGUGAGGGGGCCACAGCUUUGGACUGGACAGAAACUCUUCCUUGUCAUUUCCCGUGUAGUGUUCUUGCUUCAAUGGCAGCCUUGUCAGCGGUCUGGAUUGUCGUGCUGUCCCUGCAGAAGCUGGCCCACUGCUCGGUCGCCUACAGAGGAGCUCCAGAAGAUCCGGUGUUGCUGGAUGAACAGUCAGCGACCUCCUUCCUGUCCCGCAAACUGCUCUUCAACAGCUGGGACUUUGAGCUGGUGACGCCUGGCAAUCUGGAGAGGGAGUGCAUAGAAGAGAAGUGUAGCUAUGAGGAGGCCAGAGAGGUGUUUGAGGACGACGCUAAGACGGAAUCAUUUUGGGCCAGUUAUGUCAACAGUCAAGCAAAUACACCCAGAGUGGAUGUGGCAGGACUGGUGGCAGGGAUCCUGGCUGUCGUAGUGUCUGCUAUUUUUGCCAUUGUGCUGGGAAUCUACUGCUACAAAUCCAAGAACAAGACUGGACAGAGGUCAGCACAGUCCAGAGCUCCAGUGAGGAUGGAAGCAGAUGGGCUUCCAGCCCCAGAGAUGGUGCCCCUGGCUGGGAUAACCGUCCCAGGUCUGCCCUCCUACAAUGAUGCUCUAAACAGCAGUGGGCAGCACGAUGCCCCGCCGCCUCCUUAUUCAGGGAGUGUGCCAUCAGCGCCGGGUAAUCCAGGAGAAAAUGAAUGAGAGGGCUGGCAGAGCCUCGUUAUUAUGGUUGAUGGGCAUCGGUGAUUUGAGUGAACUUUUAAAUGUUGCAUGUUUUUUUGAGAUACUGUAUUUAUGAGUGAAGUUAUGACACAAUCCCAGAACAGGACACUACUGCCAGUAUGAUCUGCAUAUUGGCUGGCCAGUAGUCUGUCCACAGUCUACAGAUUUGAUGUUUUAAAGUGGGUGCAGCUUAGGGUGGAUAGCAUUUUGUCUGUACACUCAACUGUGUUCCUCAAGAAAACCCAGAUAUGUUUAUAUAAUAAAUGACAUAACAGUUA